AUGGGCAGUGGCAUCGAAGAGCAUCAAGACUUUAUAUUCUGCUUCAAAGGAGAAACACCUGGCCUGCAUGGAGUAGGACUUUUGAUAAAAAAAGAAUACAAAAACAAUAUAUUAAGCUUCUCAGGCUUAUCUGAAAGAGUUGCAAUACUUCAACUUGAGUUCAACAAAAAGAUAAUAUCAAUAAUUCAAGUGUAUGCACCAACUGAAAAGGCUUCUAAAGAAGAAAUGGAAAAAUUUUACGAAUCACUGCAAGAAGCGCAAGCGCAGACUAGCGGAGAUGUACUGUUAAUGGGAGACUUCAAUGCCAAAGUAGGGAUAGCUAAAACAAAAGAAGAUAAGAUUCUAGGUAAAUUUGGUUAUGGAAAAAGAAACGAAAGAGGUGAAAAGCUCAUAGAAUUUGCCUUCGAACACAAACUGUCGAUUAUGAAUACGUAUUUUAAAAUGAGACAAAAUCGAAAAUGGACUUGGAAAUCACCAAAUGGAAAAGUAAAGAAUGAAUUAGACUAUAUCCUAUCAAACCAGCCCAAAAGUAUAAGGAAAAUAGAAGUACUGCACGGCUUAGGGUAUAGUUCCGAUCACAGACUGGUUAGAGCAACUUAUUCUUUACAAAAUACUAAAAAAUGUAGGAUAUCGUUCAAAUCAUCCCCAAAUAUAUUCAAAACUGAAAAAGAAAUAAUGAUGUACACUAGAAAUUUAGAAAACAACAUAAAAGAACUUGAACCUUUUGAAGACGACGAUGUCCAGACCCUAUACAACAAAAUAGAACACGUCAUUAAAAAAAGCAUAUCAACAAACGAACACAAAGAGGAACAAAGUUUUUCAACAUUAGACCAUAUUCAUGUAAUGGAGCAAAUAAUAGAAAAGUACAAGGAGUUCAACAGACCAAUAUAUAUAGGUUUUAUCGAUUACGCUAAGGCAUUUGAUACGAUCUCACAUGACGCCAUCUGGGAGGCACUGGACAAAUGUCAGGUCCACGACAAGUACAAAAAUGUCUUGAAGAACAUUUACGACAAGAGCACCAGUUGUGUGAAACUAGAGAACCGAGGACCUGAAAUACCUAUUCUAAGAGGAGUGAGACAAGGAGACCCACUUUCCCCGAAGAUCUUUAUAGCAGUGCUGCAUAACAUUUUUGAGGAGCUGAAAUGGAAAAACGAAGGCCUUAAAAUAUGUAACCAAUACUUGAGUCACCUCAGAUUUGCAGAUGAUAUAGUCCUCUUAGCUGAUAACAGUAGAAAACUAGAAAAAAUGAUAAACCAACUAAAUGUACAAAAUGGUGUAGCAAUUGGGGGGUAUAGAAUUGCAAACUUGCGAUACGCGGAUGAUACCACUUUGUUUGCAACUGAUGCGCAAUGCUUCGGGGAGUUACUGUCGAGGAUGGAACGUGUGAGCCUUGAGUUUGGAUUAAGGAUUAACCGCAGUAAGACCAAGGUGAUGAUUGUCGAUCGCGCUAUGAAUAACUCGCCGGACGUGACUCAAAUAGCGGGUUGCGACGUGGUCCAGUCCUACAUAUACCUUGGAGCGUUAAUCUCAAAUAAUGGUGGAUAUAUGGACGAAAUCAGAAGGCGCAUGGCUGUCACGAGGUUGGCGAUGGACGGGCUGAGGAAAGUAUGGAGAAAUAGAAACAUAACCAAAACCACAAAGAUCAGGCUCGUUAGAACACUAAUAUUCUCUAUAUUUCUAUACGCUGCUGAGACGUGGACCGUGCGAGACGUGGAAAGGAAGAAAAUAGACGCUCUGGAAAUGUGGUGCUGGAGAAGAAUGCUUGGAGUUUCGUGGACCGACUUUCGUACAAAUGUCUCGAUACUUCAGGAACUCGGCAUCAAGCAGCGUCUAUGUGGUAUAGUACAGUCUCGAAUGGUGAAUUUCUUCGGACACGUUUCGCGACGAGAUGGCCGGUCCAUAGAACGCCUCGUGGUACAGGGAAGCGUUGAUGGUACAAGACCGCGCGGGAGGCCACCAAUGCGGUGGACCGACCAAAUUAAAACUGCAGUGGGAGGUCCCCUAAAUGAGUGUAGUAGAAUGGCCUCGAGCAGGGAGAGAUGGCGCGACAUCGUGAGACGCAUCAAGUCUACCCCUUCCAACACUACAUGA